UUUAAAUACAUUAAUUAAUACAUUAAUAAUUCCUAUAUUCGUAAUUCUUAAUGUUCAAAACUUUUAUUCCGUAUUAAUACACAAUAAAUUAAUCUUAAUUUACUUUGAUAUUAGUACCAGCAAUCAUUAUUAGCGUUUUUGUUUGGUAAAUUGGCAUUAAGCAUAGCAAUAUGUGAAAGUGAUAGUAAAUCGUCAAUAAUCACUGUUGUAAGACUGAUUUCUCUUGCUUACGCGUCAAAAAUUAUUUCAGCAUUCCUUUUAAUAAUGUGGGUGGAAUGGAUGAAAUAAUUAACUAGGACCAAGUGUUACGUUACCUUGCUGUAUCUUACAAGAAAAGGGUACUUUUGCAACUGUUGAUAUUUUUCACCGGCAAUAUCGACUUUAAAUUAUGGCUACUGAUAAAGAACAGGUGAUACAAGCACUUCGAGCUACCUUAUUGUCAGUAAAAGGAGCCAUUACUAUAAAACAAUGUAAUCGUGACUAUCGAGAGCUUCAAGGAGAUUGGAUACCAUACAAGAAAUUAGGUUAUCUGACAUUAGAUAAACUCUUCAUUGAUAUUCCUGGUUUUAAAGUAUCCCAAAUAAAUGGUGAAUGGUAUGUUGAUGCUAUAGCCAAUCAAGAGUCACAGCAUAUUGCUUCUAUGGUUUCACGUCAAAAAUCAAGUAAGAAGGCUAAUAUAAAGUUGAGCUAUUCAAAUCGUUUUCCAAAGAAACAAGGCUCAUGGCGUAAACCAAGUGCACCAAAUAAUCAUUCUACAAGUUAUAACAAUCAGUAUUCUAACCAGUUCUAUAGAGCUAAGCGUGGAACUUCUUUUAAUAAUAAUUAUAAUAAUAAAUUUAGCGGCAAAUAUAACAAUAAAUCUACAGAAAUUAAAAAUACAACUCAAAAUACGAAACCAAUCUCAAGAUCACUUAGCGAUUAUUCAGAAAAAAGUGGAUCUAAUAUGCCUACAAGAACAAAUCAAUCACAUCCAGUUCGGGACUCUAAAGAAGAGGUGAAACAACCCAUGCGAACGGACCAAGACAUUGAUUUAAAACAUAGUAGAAAGGUAUCAGCUUCCCAAAGGCUAUCUAACCUGAGAGAUAGACUUAACACAGUGCCAGAUCUCAUUCCAUUACAAUUGCCAGCAGUAAACAACCAAUGUUUGGAAAGCAGUGGACCAGUCACAAAUGUAGUACCGGCACAUAAACUAGAACCACCUCCUGAUUCCACGUCAUCCGUUGUUAAGUUGGAGUGGACAUGUCGAAAAUUAGGUCUACCACAGCCUGUUUACAAAGUAUUUGACAUUGGACAUAAACACGGCCCAGUUAGCUAUUACUGCACUAUCAAAGUUGGAAGCGCAUAUACGUCGUCAUCGUAUCCUGAUUCAUCACCGUCAGAUGAUUUGGCAAAGGACGUUGCUGCGGUUAAAUUACUAGCUAGAAUAGAAAGUUUCAAUGUUGAUGGAUUGCCCACAUCUUCUAGCAGCAGUGCUUUGACAUAUCUCACAGAACUUGUGGCGGCGCAUGAAGCUGGCCUUUGGGCUAAUACCGUGCCUCAUUUGUACAGAGAAAAAUAUGGAGAGAAUUUACCUAGUAAUUGGCAAGAGCUGGUGGAAAAUUGCCCUAGGAUUAUAAAAGAUAGAGUUGUAAAUGGACUUUUGGUACUUCUUCCUAAUAAAGAGGAUGUCCCACGUUUACCGGUAGAUAGUGAUUUGCCGCCGUUGCAGUUUCCUGAAGAAGACUUUUGGAAUGUCUAUAUAACUGUUGCCAAUUCUACACUUGAAAUCUGGCUGAGAAUUAUUGGACAAGAAUAUAGUGAUGCUUUCGAAGAAUUACUUGGCGAUAUGAAAAAUUACUACGAGAACUCUGGUACUUCAGUCGACAAGUCCAUGAUUAUUACUAAUGCUUGGUAUGCAGUAAACUUAGACGAUGGCGGUUGGCAACGUGCAAAAAUAUUAGAAAUCGAUGACGAAACUGCGACCGUUUUCUUGGGAGACCACGGAGACGAUGAUGUUGUGUGUUUACAGAAAAUAAAGAUAUUAGAACCCCAAUUCAGGAGAUUGCCUGCACAGGGCGUGCUGUGCCGGCUGGAGGGCGCGGAGGAGCUGGCGGCGAGCGAGGCGGGCGCGGCGCUGGUGCGGCGGCUGCCCGGCGAGGUGCUGGUGGCGGCGCCCGGCCCGCGCCACGACCCGCUCGAGCCCUCCGUCGCGCUCGUGCUCUUCGACACCUCCACGCAACGAGACCUCAACCUCAACAAGGAGAUCGUGCACGACUUCUGCACGGCCGGCACGUUCACUAUCACGCAGAAACCGUGCGAGGUGGAGGUGGGGUGCGUGAGCGAGGAGGGCUGCGUGUGGGUGGCGCGCGCGGGCGGCGAGGCCAUCGUGCGCGCCGCACUCGACCUGCUGACCGCCGGGCCCUACCGCCGGCCGCUGCCCGCUGCGCCGCACGCGCCCGCGCCCAGCGCCGCCGCGCUCUACAUCGUGCGCAUGCGCGCCGGAGAUUGGGUACGAUGCACUAUUAUAAGCGGGCUGGAUGGCGAAGGAACUGUGAGGACACGACUAGUGGAUAGCGGUUUGAUUCUACGAGCUCCACUGUCAUCGUUAGUGCCAUUACAAACAUUCUCACCGGCCCUGAACGCCUAUCCCCAUCAGGCGCGGGCGGUGCGGCUGGGCGCGGCGGAGCGUGCGGCGGGCAGUAUGGCGGCGCGGCUGCGCGAGCUGGUGCUGGGCGCGCGCGUGCUGUGUCGCGCGCUGCCCGCGCCCGCCGCCGCCGCCGCCGCCGCCGCCGCCGGGGACGCGCCGCACGUGGAGCUGUUCGUGCGCACCGGCCCGCAGGACAUGCUCGCUUCCGUCAACAACGCCAUCCUCAUGGAGUACGAGUGCCUCCAGCUAGGCAGCUUAAAAGAUGAUGAGAAAGAAACAACAAACCACGUGGAAGCCCUAAAUAGAAAGAAGGAGCGUAUAUUCCGCACUCAGUCAUCAGGAGGUGUGCAGCCUGCGACUGGCUUGCGUUCUGCAUUGCCACCGCCGACACUGCCCACGCCCGGGCAGUGCUUCGAUGUUUUCGUACCGAUGGCUGCUAAUCCAUGGAAUUUCGUUAUCCAGCCAAAUAGAACUAGGCAUACACUGCUAACAAUGAUGGCAACUUUGCAAGUGGAAUGCCCAAAAUUGUCCGAGUUGGAUGCUCCUGUGAAUCCAGCUAGUGGAGAAUUAUAUACUGUCUUUUAUGAAAAGGACGCGUCAUGGUAUAGAGUGACGAUAGCUGGUACAGUGUCGCCUGAAAUGGUGACUGUUUAUUUCUGUGAUUAUGGAGAUCUGGAUUUGUUUCCAAAUAAAGCAUUACGACCGGUGCCUGCGGGGGCUCCUCUAGCGCGGUCGUUACCACCCCAAGCCAUUAAAGCACGACUUUAUGAUGUGUCGCCUCUCCAUCAUGAUUGGGCUGUAGAAGACUGUAUUAGAUUCCAAGAAUUAUGUGUUGAGCAACAAUUUGUAGGUAUCUGUAAGGAUGUUGGCAAAGAUCCUUUAAAUGCCACAGAGCCAUUACUUACUCUUGACCUUAUAGAUACUUCCACAGAUGAGGAUAUAUAUCUCAACAAACAAUUAGUCGCCGAAGGCAGAGCACGUCUUGAAUCAUCUGCUUCAUAAAUGUUAUCCAUUUUAUAUUGUUCUAUUUAUUAUAUUGCUUAUUUUCGUUGGUUAUUUAAAAAAUAAUAAAUCACAAAAAUAAGUAUAUGUCCGUAGGUUUCUUGUUAUGUUAUUAUAUUUAUAGCAAUAGUGAUAUAACAGUUACAAACUGAUAUACUGUUGAUGUACUAUGUAAAGUGUGUAAGUACCUUUCUCAAUAAUAUAGAUUAGGACUAGUUGAUUCUUUUCAUUAUAACAUCCUUCAAACAAGGUGCAUAGAAAGCGCGAUAACUUGAAUUCAAUUUCAUAAUAACUUACUUUAUUAAGUUUUUAACGUAAUCUAUUCGAGGUGCCUCUUCUUGGAGUUCCGUAAUUGUUGUCAUUGUCGCUAUUACCUAUGUGAUUAUAAAAAAACAUUAACCAGAAUAAUAAAAAAUAUUUUAUUAUAUUGAGCUAACUAGUGAUUGCAGUUUUCCAUUGUGAUAAAACUUACCAAAGUAUCUAAACAAAAAUAGUAAUUACACUCGUGUCGAAACUCUAUAUAAAUCUAUAUUCAAACUUUCCUGUGAUAUAUCUACUCUAUAUUACAGUAAAGGUUGUGAUUAAGAAAAGAUUUUCUAUUCCAUUCUAUAUUUAAUAAAGUAUAUAAAGAACAUCAUGUUUUAACAAAAUUAUUAAGUAUCAGAUUUUUGAAGUCAUUAACUUGUAAUACGUCUGUAAGUAAUAUUUAAAAACUAUUGUACUGACACCUUCAGAUAGUAUCAAAUAACAUCGAUUGCAUGUACCUAAUUAGUAUUUCAAUUCCAUGUGAAAGUUUAAUCAAUGUACACUCAUAGUUUAGUUUUUCUAAAACAUUACUUUCUAAAUACUAUAUAUACAGUAUAUAACGUUAUUUCUUGUAAGCACAUAAUAAAGAAUAAAUAUAAUCCAGAAACUUUAUUUAAAACAUUUGAUUGAAAUCGGUUCUCGUAUUUUGGAAGUAAAGUAAUUACAUUGUCAAAUAAUACAACUACCCAACACAAUGUAAGACGGUAUUGGUAGCGCCAAGAUUACUGUAAAGUGAGAAAAGGAGAUUGUUAGUAAUGUACACUAAUAUCCCAAUUGCUAGCAAUAUAAAAUGUCAGAUUAACCUCUACGUAGUUCCCCCUGGAAACCAUCCUGAAAAAAAAUAUGGUGAAUUUACCAUGAUGGGCCAACUGACCUGACCUCAUGCUAAUCUAUCGUCCUCCACUGGCGCCACGACAGCAUAAACCGUUAGUUCACCAUUCCUUUCUAUAGGUGCAUACUAUAUAUGCUAUAAGGAACGUGGACACUCAUCUGUAUUCUUCGCAUAAUAGACCCACAUAGGUAUAUAUAUACUUCUAUGUUUUCGACACCAAAAUGACAAUUUAGCUGAUGUUGUAAAUUUAGUAGGCAAGUCGUAACAAUAGAUGUAGAACAUUUAUCAAAGAUACCGAAACGUAUUUAUAAAUUACGUCACAGUAGGGCAGAGCGGGGUCUGUUGAGACACGGGGUCUAGUGCGCCACCUAUAGUAUCUCACACAUGGUGCAUGAUAUCUACGAGCGGUUGAUAUUAGAGGAAGCAGAGGGGUGCGAUACCCAAACUACUGUUGCUUUAAUUGUCGGUCGCUGUUUGGUUUAAGUGUACGAGCGUAAAGUUGCUAGUUUGGCCCUUAAAGUAAAAAAACAUUGUUUCACUAAAUUUUGGUUUAAAAAUUCCGAAUUUCAUCAUACGGCUAUCAAGUAAGUGUAUUUUGAUGUCAACAUAGUUAAUGUUAAUGCUUAUAUUUUAAAAAUAUAUUAUUUACAAUCGAUAUUUAGUUAUUUAACAUAUUAAGUGUAAUUCUGGUAAGGGGUCAUUUGAGCCAAAAAACUCGGGGUCAAAUGAGCCAUGUUCAAGUGACUCCUAAUGAC